AUGCGACUCGAAGACCGUGAGUACAUAUAUCGCUUACAUGUAGUGCAAUCGACAUACAGCCCAACUGUUACCUACCCAACGUUGAUUGAGCAUCGCAACAUGGCACCCAUCAAUCGCAAACCCUCGAACCUCGAACGACCUCAGCCUCCGACCAAAUAUUCGAUCGUCUCGUACCCUGCACCAGGUGUGCUCUUGGUAACAUUGAACCGGCCCAAGGAUUUAAACUGUAUCAAUGGGGAGUUUGGGCAAGAGCUUGAAGCUGUAUGGGACUGGCUAGACGCCGAGCCAGCAUUCACAGUGGGCAUAAUCACUGGUACUGGUCGUGCUUUCUGUGCGGGUGCCGAUCUGAAAGAAUGGAACAAAGCCAACGAGAGCAAGUCAUCGCAAACCAUGUCUAGUGCUGGAUUUGGCGGACUAUCUCGACGAAGCGGCAAGAAGCCCAUAAUCGCUGCAGUCAAUGGCAUAUGUUUCGGCGGAGGCUGCGAGAUGAUCGUGAACUGUGACCUAGUAGUUGCUGCACAGAAAGCUACCUUUGCACUCCCUGAGGUGAAGGUCGGCGUAGUAGCAGCUGCCGGUGCACUGCCUAGGAUCAUUCGCACAGUAGGUCGACCAAGAGCUAUGGAAAUGGCAUUGACCGGCCGACCUGUCUCUGCUAAAGAGGCGCUUGACUGGGGCCUGAUCAACAAAGUCGUUGGUGACAAGGAUGGCGAAGUUGUGGAAGCUGCUGUUGAGUACGCCAAGAUGAUUGCCGCCAACAGCCCAGAUGCGGUCAUUGUGUCAAGAGAAGGCAUCAAGCUCGGCUGGGAAAGCAUGGGCGCAGACGAGGCAACAGAGUAUGCUUUGAAGCACUGGCAACCAAAACUGCAAGCUGGUGAGAACUUGAAAGAGGGAGUGAAGGCGUUUGUGGAGAAGAGAAAGCCGAAGUGGAAGGGAAGCAAACUAUAG